AUGAAGGAAUUCAACGUUGAAGCUCGUCAAGUAUACUUGAGUGGAUUAGUCGAAAAAUGGUUGUCUCGUCUGCCGCGUGAGCUCGGAGAGUAUAGCGGACUUCCUUUUUUGGACUCGGAAGAGCAAACAGCUUUUCCUGAUCAACAAGAAAAAAGUAGCAGCAGCCAUUGGUGCAGGGAUGUGUUCCAGCAGAGCCGACCAUCAACGCCCUUGGGAAGUACAAUUCAACCAUCAGUAUUUCUCGGCGAGCAUGAGCCAGGAACUAUGGCCCGUCUGAAUGAAGAGUACGUCAGUCUGAUCGAGUUAUCAUUUGACAAUGGUGAUAUCAUCGUGUGA